UUCAUUGGCAGCAAGCAACGUAGGUAGCAGCAUAACUUAAACCAAAACAGCCCAAACUGUCGGUGAGUUUGGCUCGUGUGGAAAGUGUGCUUCCUCGAUUUUUGUUUUCAGUCCUAUUUAAUCACCGUAUCGGCGGUUGUGCUGAUGCUGCCUAGUGCAUCUCCGUUAUCAGUGUAGUAAACAAUCGAGUGGAAUUGUCUACUCUAGGAAAUAGCAACAAUGCAGUCACACAGCAAAAAGCGCGUCUGCUACUAUUAUGAUAGUGACAUUGGUAACUACUACUAUGGGCAAGGACAUCCGAUGAAGCCGCAUCGGAUCCGCAUGACGCACAACCUUCUGCUCAACUAUGGGCUGUACCGGAAGAUGGAGAUCUAUAGACCUCACAAGGCUACGGCCGAUGAAAUGACUAAGUUCCACUCGGACGACUACAUUCGCUUCUUGCGAUCGAUUCGACCGGAUAACAUGUCCGAAUACAACAAACAGAUGCAGAGAUUCAACGUCGGCGAGGAUUGUCCGGUGUUCGAUGGUUUGUACGAAUUCUGUCAACUUUCGGCGGGAGGCUCGGUUGCUGCUGCCGUUAAACUAAACAAACAGGCGUCGGAAAUCUGCAUCAACUGGGGCGGUGGUCUGCAUCAUGCCAAAAAGUCGGAAGCUUCUGGUUUUUGCUACGUGAACGAUAUUGUGCUCGGGAUUCUAGAACUGCUCAAGUAUCACCAGCGGGUACUGUACAUUGACAUCGAUGUACACCACGGAGACGGUGUGGAGGAGGCCUUCUACACCACCGACCGGGUAAUGACGGUCAGCUUCCACAAGUAUGGCGAGUACUUCCCCGGAACGGGUGAUCUGCGGGAUAUUGGUGCUGGUCGGGGAAAGUACUAUGCGGUGAAUAUUCCGCUGCGGGAUGGAAUGGAUGACGAAUCGUAUGAGUCGAUCUUUGUUCCAAUUAUUUCCAAGGUUAUGGAAACGUUCCAACCGUCGGCGGUGGUGCUGCAAUGCGGUGCUGACUCGCUAACCGGUGACCGACUGGGUUGCUUCAAUCUUACCGUCAAAGGUCACGGCAAGUGUGUGGAGUUCGUGAAGAAAUACAACCUACCCUUCCUGAUGGUGGGCGGCGGUGGUUACACCAUUCGAAAUGUGUCCCGCUGCUGGACGUACGAAACGUCGGUGGCGCUUGGUUCGGAAAUUGCUAACGAGCUGCCGUAUAAUGAUUACUUCGAGUAUUUCGGUCCGGAUUUCAAGCUGCACAUUUCGCCCAGCAACAUGAGCAAUCAGAACACGACCGAGUACUUGGAAAAAAUCAAGAAUAGGUUGUUCGAAAACUUACGAAUGUUGCCACAUGCGCCAGGCGUCCAGGUACAAACCAUCCCAGAGGACGCCAUUAACGAUGAAAGCGAAGACGAGGACAAGAUAGAUAAAGAUGAACGUUUACCGCAGAGUGAUAAGGACAAACGGAUAGUGCCGGAUAACGAGUUCUCCGAUUCCGAAGAUGAAGGCGAAGGAGGCCGACGAGACAGCCGAUCGUACAAGGGAGGAGCGCGGAAGCGCCCUCGUUUAGACAAGGACUCCAAAACUCCCGCCGAAGAUGUGAAGGACGAGUUGGAAGUGAAAGCUGAAACGACAGGUGAUAAAGAGGAAACAAAAGCGGGAGAGGAACCUAAGAAGGAAACCACCGCCACAGUUGCAUGAUCAGUGUUGGCCGCCUACCGGAAAUAACCCGAAGGUGCGGCAUAGUUUGCGCGCGGCAGCAAACAUACACCCGCACAUACCUGGCUCUACGAUAGGACUGAAACAGUUCAUCAAUGAAAAAAUAUGUUUGAAUGUAUGUGCGUGCGCUUGUUUGUACGUAUGGCUGAUGGCAGAGCUUUUAAUAUUUCUCUAGGAUUUAAAUCUUGUUCGAGAGCAGGGAUCAAAGAAUAACUUAUUCAGCAUUUUCCCCAGCUUGGUUUUAUAAUACAUAUAUUUUUAAUGUAAAAGCUAUGUUUUGUUUCAGCUUUUUUUUUGACUAACAAAGUAAUUGAUUUUAAUCAGACAACUUAACAAACAACUGCCAAAAAAGUUGGGAUACAUAUUAUUUAGCACAGACAAAUGUAAUGUGAAAUAGAAGACUUGUCACACCAAGACAAGUAACUAAACAUUGCUUUCUGAAACCAAGAUGUUUUUAUUCAACAAACAAUCAAAUGAAAACAAUAGGGCGAAAAGGAGAAACUGCAAAAUAAAGUAUGAUCUCAGGAAUGUAACUAAAAAGUUUCGUAUGAACUUCUACGUUUUCCCUCCGAUGCUUAAUUCGUAGCUAGUAAACUGCAACCGACUUGAGUAUCACACACAUAGAAGAUAAAUCAAUAAUUUAUUUAUUCACUUCUCGAUCAUUUUAGUUUCUACUUCUGUUCAAAUAAAAAAUAAAACUAGAGCAACCAUUGUAAAUUGUGGCAUCAAGUGUAACUAAAAAAUUCUCUUCUAAUAGUAGUAGACCCUGGUAUUUUGAAAUUAGUAUCAUAGCAAGUUCACAAAAUUUUCAAAAUAGCAUCUGCCUGCAUUAUAGAUUGUAGACUUUUAUAUAGCAAACAAAUUUAUACAAUACAAUAAUUAUUAGAGAUCGAAACAAGUUUAUGCGUAUUAGCAUUAAAUCCAACUAAAUGGAUACUAUAAAACCACAAGCAAUAAGUGCUAGUAAAAGUAUCCUAAUCAAAACCAGAUAUAGGAACAAAAUAAAAUUACUCUAUCCCAUAA